AUGAGGCCUCUCACGACAUCAACUGGAUACCAAGAACCCGCGAAGGGGCCCGUAUCUAUCCUGCCCGCUGACGUUAUUAUAGCUAUCUACUCCUACCUCUCUAUCCACGAUCAACUUGCUUUUAGUAGCACGCAUCGCUUCUUCCGACAAGUCUUCCUUUCGCUCCCCACAUCCCUCCGGUACAAAGCUAUCCGAAACGACAGCUGUGCCCCAAUAUAUAUUCACAAACUCCUCCCCAUUCAUCGGUUUCAGUUGAGGGAUACUCAUGGGUAUAUAACACUAGACUGCGCUGUCAAGUUACUGACAAUUCGCAACUAUUACCUCACCAUUCACUCGGCACUAUCGUGGCAACGAACGAACGAAGGACGCUUAAGGGGCGAUGCAUUAUGUAAAUGGCUCAUGAGAGACACACAAAAGUUUAAACACUGGUCGAGACUGAAUAACAAAGCUAUCGAUAUAACUGGUUCUCCUCUAUUGGACGAACCGCUUCUUCGAAGUAUUCGUGGUAGUACUAACUCAAAUGGGUACUUAACAGCGGUAAGCCCAUCAGCACGUCAUGGGAUAGACAAAACCACCCGGGUCAUCUAUAAUUGCUGUGGGGCUAUGACGGUAUCAGCGUGGCUUGGUGUACCAAAGUAUAUGGGCAUGACGGUAAGAGAGUUUUUCCAGGAUCUAUGGAAUGAGCUUCAGAACUCGAUGGACGGCGAAGCACCAGCGGCUGUUUCAAAUUUCAAGAACAUUCUAAUGCAAGCUAACCAGCUGAAGCUAGUUUUGAGUGAACCCGGUUCUACAAGGGCGUUUGGGGCACAAGAUUUUGCAGUGACUUUGUACUGUUGGCCUCUAUAUCCCUGUCACUUGCAUGGGUAA